AAUAGAUCCAGUCCGUGGGUUUACAAUCAUCCAUCCCAGGAUUUAUUCCUAGGGAUUUUAGUUCACGCUUCACGUUUAACUGUGGAAUGGCUUUCCGGAUCUCCUUCCACAUUUGUGUGAAGGGCGGGCCUUUUAUUCACUGCUGCUACAGGGAUACCAAAAUGGAAAUCCAGGGGCUUUCUGAUGCCCAAAACAUUCACUAUCAACAUGGCGCCCCACGUAGAACAGCUUCGUCUCCGUUUAAGAAAAAGACAGGAACAUUUCCUCGUUUUGUUUCGAAUGACAGCGAAGCAGAUGAGGGCUUGGAAUCACAAGGACUGCAAAGUGACAACAACAACAAUAGGACGAGGACAUCUCCAUUUUGCCUGCUGGCAGAAAAUGGCAGCGGUGUUUGCCUACCAGUCUGCAGGCAGAACGGUAACGUUAAAAACAAUUGCCCACUUCAAGCCCAAGCAGAAAACGUGGGACAUCGUAACGUGAACAAUUUGAAAGGGAGGGAGUUGAACGCACUAUCCACACAAGAUUUAUUGAGGACGGUUUACAAAUACGAUGUCGAAAGCGGGGAUAGCAUAUUGCAAAUGGCGUUGCCGUUCUUUGAGGGGGAAGAUGAACAUUCACAGCAUCCGCAACCUCCGGUUUUACGGCAGCGACAUGAAGACGGCGCCUCCCUGUUGCAGUCUUUGGCGAGUGAGAACACGGCGGCCUGUGGGAGCAACAGCACGGCUAGCGCUAAUAAAAACACCGAGGAAUUGUUCGUCGUUUUCAACAUUGUACAAGAGGACGGAAAUGAUUUAAAUAGAGAGCGGGCGGGACAUUCCUUUAAAGAUGGCGAUACCAUAAUUGGUAAGAAGCUUGAACAUUGCAAAAGCAAUCCAUGUAAUUCGAUGGAGGUUCAAAACAACGAUGUUCUUAUUGAAUCGGACGAGAACUUGAACAAUUUCGCGUCAGGAGGCUUGAGUAGGACUGCUCAUCUGUGUAGCUUGUUAAAUUCAAAUUCAAGUUCAAAUGGUGAGGUUGAGGCAACUCUAACGGAUGACAACAAGUCUAUGUGUUACGAAGCGCAAAGUGAAAACGCAGCGUUGACAAACGAGUAUGGCGAAAAUAUAUGCCGACACCAAGUUUGCAUUGAAAACAUUGACAGUCAGGGGCCUAAUCAGUACCGAGCUCAGACUGAAGCGAAACAUAGUGCCGCCUCAACUUCAGAGAACACGGAUAUCAUGGAAAUUAACGACCCUAUGGACUUUAUAUCUGACGCCUGUACGAGUCUCCCUCCAUCAGAUAGGGCCUCGAACAACGUGUCUAGCAAUGAGACCUUCUCUGGAACCAUCAUGAUAAACAACCAAAGCAUCAUAGUAACCAUAGAGAAUGGGGUACUGACUUUAGCUGCACCCCCAGAAGGUUACCCCCACAAAGACGAUGGCAUGGUCGGCUUGAAGGAACACCUCGGAAUGAAAGACCACGAGGACAUUGUGCUUCUCAACUAUGACAGCGGGACAAAAUCCAUUGGGAAGAUCAGCAAUGUGGCAGUCAUUCGGGCUGGUCACCAUGAAGAGCCUAGGCUUAGUCUGUCGGUGAGUGACUCCGAACUGGCUCUCGCUGAUGACUGUUCGUUGUCAGAGUUGGGCGUCUCGUUUGACUCGUGCCCAGUCAUCAAGCAGGAGAAUGGGACUCCCUGUGCCCUGAGGGUGAGUGACUUGGGGUCCCAGCGCCCGGAUGGUUCCGCCAUCGACUGUGACGACGAGGACUUUCAGGCCGUCGGCUUUGUCGGUGCUUCGGGUCUCUCCAAAAAAGGUGCCUUAGUCACAUCGUACCCCUGUCCUCAGCCGGGCUGCCCCGGCGCCUUCGACACGAGGCAAAAGCUCAAGAUGCACCUCCUCAACCACACGGAGGACCAGAGGCCCUUCAGGUGCACGUUUGAGGGCUGCGGCUGGGCCUUCACCACCUCCUACAAGCUUAAACGCCACCUCCAGUCCCACGACAAGGUGCGGCCGCACAAGUGUGAGUGGGAGGGCUGCGGCCGGCGCUUCACCACCGUGUACAACCUGAAGGCGCACGUGAAGCAGCAUGACCAGGAGAACGCCUUCGUGUGCGAGAUCUGCAGCGAGCGCUUCCGCAGCGCCACGCGCCUGACCAAUCACCAGCGGGCCCAUUUCGAACCCGAGAGGCCGCAUAAGUGCGAGUUUCCAGGCUGUGAGAAGACCUUCAUCACCUACAGUGCUCUGUUCUCCCACAACCGCACGCACUUCAGAGAAACGGGCCAGUUCACCUGCACCUACCCGGGCUGUGACAAGCGCUAUGACAAGGCCUGCCGCCUGAAGAUCCACAUGCGGAGCCACACUGGCGAGAGGCCGUUCAUCUGCGACUCGGCGGCCUGUGGCUGGUCCUUCACCAGCAUGUCCAAGUUACUGAGACACAAAAGGAAGCACGACGACGACCGGCGCUUCACCUGCCCAGAGGAGGGCUGCGGCAAGUCGUUCACGCGAGCGGAGCACCUGAAGGGCCACAGCAUCACCCACCUGGGCACCAAGCCCUUUGAGUGCCACGUAGAUGGUUGCAGUGCCAAGUUCUCAGCGCGGAGCAGCCUGUAUAUACACUCGAAGAAGCACAAGCAGGACGCGGGCAGCCUCCGGGCUCAGUGCCUGGUGACCAGCUGCAGCAAGCACUUCUCCUCCCGCAGCAGUCUGAAGAGUCACAUGCUCAAACACCACCAUCUCAGCCCUGACGUUCUGAGCCAGCUGGAGGCCACGCCCACCCUGACCCCGAGCAGCGAGCUGGUGAGCGGCACUGUCUCCGCAGGGACCUGCCCGGGGCCCAGCGGUGGGGACCAGCUGGCCAACCUGGACCUCAGCUCCCUGUUGUCUGCCGGUCCCACUGUCCAAAGACUCCGGGUGCCCGUGGGCGGCGCCGGUCAGACGGGCACCUUCACCAUGGACCUGUCGCUGGUGAACUCUGGCAUCCUCACCAUAGACCCGGCCUCGGUCAGCACCGCCCUGAGUACGUCCCUAGCCAAAGGCCCUGCGGACCCACUCGCUCUGGCCGCGGGGUCAGACACGGGCCACCUGCGGGGGGCGGUUGGUUGCGUCGUCCCCCUCCGCGGCGCCCUCAACCUGGACGGCGUGCCGACGGUCAGCCCAGACGCCCUGGGCUCCCUCGGUGCCCUCACCGUGCAGACCGCCGCCUCCGCCGCUGACCACCUGGCCCUCAGCUCCUCCGGCGCGACCUCCUCCCUGGCCGGGGCCCCGGGGCUCCUUGCGUCUCCCGCCGAGGUGUCGGAGUCCGGAGGAGGCCGGGUUGGGAGCGGCCAGAGGCUAGGUGGCGUGGAGGAGCUGGGGCAGCAGGACGGGGGCAAGGUGCUGACCCAGUUUGUGUUCCCGGGUCACCGCAGCCCAUUCAGCCCGCAGAAGGACCCCAAGCUUGGCCACGCCUCGGCCUUCCCAAAUCCAUUUAAGGAGAGUAGUGGCUCGGCACGGACCGACUACAGAGCUAUUCAGCUGGCUAAGAAGAGGAAACAGAGAGCCCCCUCUUCCUGUUCAGGAAGUUCAGGGUUGUCUCAGAGGAAGAGUAAAGGCGGGAUAUCCAGCAGUGCCGCGUCGCCAUUGGCUGCCACGCGUUUUGGGGAUGGUUCUGCCGCAGCUAACGCAGGGCUGACGAUCCGCGACCCGGUGACUGGGGCGCAGUACGUUCAGAUCCAGCUCUUACAGGAUGACCCGGCCAGUGACGGGGACCUUGCCUUCCAGCUCAGCUCUCAGCCCUCCAGCUCCCACUCACAGCUCACUGUGGACCUGCCAGUCAACAUCCUACAGGAACCUCCCGUGAUGGCUGAGGACGACAAUGGCUCUGACAAUUCCCAGUUCACAGGAAGCACCAUCAACCUGCAGGACCUGGAGUGAGGAGGGGGGAGCGGGGGAUUUGUCAGAGCCAUGGGGAGGGGGGGGGGGGGGGGAGGUCCACAGAGGAAGAAGGAGUUUGGUGGGACCAGGGGGCUCUACAAAAGACCCUGGGGGGGAGGGGGGCUCUGAUGAUCUGGGUGCUACACAGGACAGGAGACUGAGUCCCGGCUGUCAACUUCAACCCCUCCCCCCGCCGAGGUGUGAGCUCUUCCCCACACACGUUUACACAGAGACCUGUGGAAAAUAGGACGUUUGGUGACAGGAAGUCAAGACACCCUCCUGCUAGAGAAAGUCUAAAACAGUGAGAAAAGAAAGGACAUGGGUGGGGUGGGGGGUGGGGUCAAUGCGUGUGGAGACUCUGAAGCAAGUGCACCUUGGGAUGAAUUGAAUGAUACGUUAAAGGGGUUACAUUUUGGGGCUUUUUUUCCCUCAGCCUUUUGUACUGUAUUUCUGAAAUCCUGUUUGUACCACAAUCACGAUUGCGAGGAAGAUGGCUGUCUUUUAAACAGGCACUGUUGUUUUGCACAUGCAGUUAGUCUCUCCAGUCAGACUGAGGUCUCGUCAGUCUCUUGACACGGUGCCACGUUCAACUGUCCACAAUGCCUUUUACAGACUCCGUGUACUGUACUCGCCGAACCAUUAGGCAUAUGCUUCCCAUUUGUUUGUACUUUUUGUGCUCGAGGCGGCCAGGGGGGCAGAUGUAUUUUUUUAUGGCUGUGUUAGGAGGAAUGGGAUGUGAGCAUUCCAUGUUGAGAGAGAGGUCAGUCCAUGUGUUUGUAUCUGUAAUGCUUAUCUGUAUGUGACGACUUUCAUCUACUUGUUAUUUAUUAGCUUUUGUUUAAAAAAAAAUUUAAAUAAAAAAAGUCAGAGAACAAAUGCCGGAAGCUUAAAUAAAGGAACGGAGCCUGAUUGUA